AUGCCGCGUCGUCGUAAACCCCCGCGCGCAGGCGCACUCGCAGAGCUAGCGCCACUCAAGAUCGCAGGCCAGAUCGCGACACUACAGGCCAUCUACUACUUCGCCGCGCUUGUCCUCAUCGUCUUCACUGCGCUUGUGUCAGGAUCUGGUUUUAGUUGGACCCUUGUAUUUGGCUGGGAGGGCUUGAGAGGAGAUACAACACAUGGGUGGCUCAUGUCUUUUAUUUUCUUGUUGGAUGGAGGCUUGAUUAUCUCCAUUGCAAUAGUCGCCCUCAUCGCUCGCUCCAAACUCGUACCGGAUUUCGCCAUAACCGUCCAUUUUAUCCAUCUCGUCAUCGCAUCCCUUUACAGCGGCCGCAUCCCUCGACACGGAGGCUGGUGGCUCACCAUGAUCGCAUCAGCGACGAUCUCUGUCAGCCUGGGCAUCUGGGGCUGUCAGUAUCGCGAAUUACAACCCGUCUUCUUCGGCGGCCGUCCGAUCCUCCCUGCCGUACCUGCAUCGGUUGAUGGCUCUGCGACGCAACCUUCUACUGUGGAUGAGGAGAUGGCCAUCCCUUCAAGGGGGAGAGGCAGAGAUGGUAAUGCGGAGUAUGAAAUGGAGCCUAUGCUACCUCUGAAAUGA